GGGGCUGGGGCUCGAGCCCGACGUGCAGCGAUCCCCUCAGAGCGGCAGGUGUGGAAUGUUUAGAAUGGUUUUCACGAGACAUAAACAAUGAUAAUUAACAUUAGGAAGAAGAUUUGGUGUUGUGGGUGUCCUUCUCUGCUCCUCUCCAGGAAUAUUAAAGGAAAAAACCCCACAACCAUACCAAACAUCUUGAUCAUAAUUAUGUCUUAAAACAUCUUUUGGAAGGCUAAUCUGGUGGUGAUGAAUUCCCUCAGGUUUUGCUUGUCUGCGAAAGUCUUCAUUUCUCCUUCAUUCAUAAAAGAUAACAUUGUUGGUUUUGUACUGGUUUACCACAAUCAUGUUUCGGAAUAGUCUCAAGAUGCUUCUUACUGGUGGGAAAUCAAGUCGUAAAAACAGGUCAAGUGACGGAGGGAACGAGGAACCACCGGAUCGAAGACAGUCAAGUGUAGAUUCUCGUCAAAGUCGCUCUGGGCAAGGUGGCAUCUCCACAGAAAGCGACUGUGCUUUUGAGCCAGACUAUGCUGUUCCCCCACUUCCAGCGAGUGAAGGUAUGCAGCACAUUCGGAUUAUGGAGGGCAUGUCUCGCUCUCUUCCAUCCUCCCCCUUACUCACACAUCAGUCUAUCAGUGUUCGGCUCCAACCUGUGAAGAAGUUAACUGCCCCUCUGAGGAAGGCAAAGUUUGUUGAGAGCCCACGAAUUCCAGAAUCCGAGCUUGGCUCACCAACCCUCACUUCAGCUCAGAAACUGGACGUGGAUGCAUACUGCCCUGGUGAUGCUGAACAGGACCUUGGACCCCCUCCAUCUGUAGAUGAGGCAGCAAACACACUCAUGACUCGUCUGGGUUUCCUCCUUGGAGAGAAAGUCACAGAAGUUCAGCCAGGUGACCAAUACAGUAUGGAAGUACAGGAUGAAAAUCAGACUUCAGCAAUCACCCAGCGAAUAAGUCCCUGUUCCACCCUAACUAGCAGCACUGCCUCUCCACCAGCCAGUAGCCCCUGCUCCACCCUCCCACCUGUUAGUACAAAUGCAACUGCCAAGGAUUGCAGCUAUGGGGCUGUUACUAGUCCAACUUCCACCCUUGAAAGCAGAGAUAGUGGCAUCAUUGCUACAUUGACAAGCUAUUCUGAAAAUGUGGAACGCACGAAGUAUGUUGGGGAAAGCAGUAAAGAAUUAGGAUCUGGAGGAAACCUAAAACCAUGGCAGUCUCAAAAAUCUAGCAUGGACUCCUGUUUGUAUCGAGUAGAUGAAAAUAUGACUGCUUCUACCUAUAGCCUGAAUAAGAUCCCAGAGAGGAAUUUGGAAACAGUUUUAUCUCAGUCAGUACAGUCUAUACCUUUGUAUCUUAUGCCACGGCCAAAUUCAGUAGCCGCCACCAGCUCUGCCCACUUGGAGGACCUUGCUUACCUGGAUGAGCAGAGACAUACACCCCUGAGAACCUCUCUUCGAAUGCCAAGGCAGAGUAUGGGCGGUGUGCGCACACAGCAGGAUUUAAGAGUUCGCUUUGCACCUUAUAGGCCUCCAGACAUCUCCCUGAAGCCUCUGCUCUUUGAAGUGCCCAGCAUCACCACUGAGUCCGUGUUUGUUGGCCGGGACUGGGUUUUCCAUGAAAUAGAUGCUCAGCUUCAAAGUUCAAAUGCCAGCGUGAACCAAGGAGUAGUGAUCGUGGGAAACAUUGGGUUUGGGAAAACUGCCAUCAUCUCCAGACUAGUGGCACUCAGCUGCCACGGGACCCGGAUGAGACAGAUCGCCUCAGACAGCCCACACGCCUCCCCCAAACAUGUGGAUGCCAACAGAGAGCUACCACUCACACAGCCACCUUCAGCCCACUCAUCUAUCACCAGUGGAAGCUGCCCAGGGACUCCAGAAAUGCGCAGGCGACAGGAGGAGGCUAUGCGAAGACUAGCCUCGCAGGUGGUCGCCUAUCACUAUUGCCAAGCAGAUAACGCCUAUACCUGCCUGGUACCAGAAUUUGUCCACAACGUUGCUGCCCUGCUCUGCCGCUCCCCCCAGCUGACAGCCUAUCGGGAACAGCUUCUUCGAGAGCCUCACCUACAGAGCAUGCUGAGCCUUCGGUCCUGUGUUCAGGACCCCAUGGCCUCCUUCCGGAGGGGAGUCUUGGAGCCUUUGGAAAACCUCCACAAAGAGAGAAAAAUCCCAGAUGAAGAUUUCAUCAUUUUAAUUGAUGGAUUAAAUGAAGCAGAAUUUCACAAACCGGAUUAUGGGGAUACAAUUGUAUCAUUUCUGAGUAAAAUGAUCGGAAAAUUUCCUUCUUGGCUCAAACUAAUUGUAACAGUUAGGACCAGUUUACAGGAAAUUACCAAGCUGCUGCCUUUCCAUAGGAUUUUUUUGGAUCGACUAGAAGAGAAUGAAGCCAUAGACCAGGACCUGCAGGCUUACAUCCUGCACCGGAUCCACAGCAGUUCAGAGAUCCAGAAUAACAUUUCACUUAAUGGCAAAAUGGACAAUACUACAUUUGGCAAACUGAGUUCUCAUCUCAAGACCCUAAGUCAAGGGUCCUAUCUAUACCUGAAACUCACAUUUGACCUCAUAGAGAAAGGCUAUCUAGUGCUAAAGAGCUCUAGCUACAAAGUAGUUCCUGUUUCACUCUCCGAGGUGUAUUUACUCCAGUGCAAUAUGAAGUUCCCAACCCAGUCUUCCUUUGACCGGGUGAUGCCUCUUCUGAAUGUGGCAGUGGCCUCCCUGCACCCACUGACUGAUGAGCAUAUCUUCCAGGCCAUUAAUGCUGGCAGCAUUGAAGGCACGUUAGAAUGGGAGGAUUUUCAGCAGAGAAUGGAGAACCUCUCCAUGUUCCUAAUCAAGCGCAGAGACAUGACCCGUAUGUUUGUACAUCCUUCUUUUCGAGAAUGGCUUAUCUGGAGAGAAGAAGGAGAGAAAACCAAAUUUCUCUGUGAUCCCAGGAGUGGUCACACAUUGCUUGCCUUUUGGUUUUCCCGUCAAGAAGGAAAACUAAACCGGCAACAGACCAUUGAACUGGGACAUCACAUCCUGAAAGCACAUAUUUUCAAGGGUUUGAGUAAAAAAGUUGGUGUAUCAUCCUCCAUCCUCCAAGGUCUCUGGAUCUCCUACAGCACAGAAGGUCUUUCCAUGGCAUUGGCGUCUUUACGAAAUCUCUACACUCCAAAUAUCAAAGUUAGCCGACUACUGAUUCUGGGAGGUGCCAAUAUUAACUACCGGACAGAGGUUUUAAAUAAUGCUCCAAUUCUGUGUGUCCAGUCUCAUCUUGGUUACACAGAAAUGGUAGCCCUGCUGCUGGAGUUUGGGGCCAAUGUGGACGCCUCUUCUGAAAGUGGACUGACUCCUCUGGGCUAUGCUGCGGCAGCCGGGUUCCUGAGCAUCGUGGUGCUGCUGUGCAAGAAACGGGCCAAGGUGGAUCACUUGGAUAAGAACGGACAGUGUGCUUUGGUCCAUGCUGCACUCCGAGGUCACCUGGAGGUGGUCAAGUUUCUAAUUCAAUGUGACUGGACAAUGGCUGGACAACAGCAAGGAGUGUUUAAGAAAAGCCAGGCCAUCCAGCAAGCCCUCAUUGCUGCAGCCAGCAUGGGUUACACUGAGAUUGUCUCCUACCUACUUGAUCUUCCAGAGAAAGAUGAAGAGGAAGUGGAACGAGCCCAGAUUAACAGCUUUGACAGUCUCUGGGGAGAGACAGCCCUGACAGCAGCAGCCGGAAGGGGCAAACUGGAGGUGUGCCGUCUGCUCUUGGAACAAGGGGCAGCCGUGGCCCAGCCAAACCGCCGAGGGGCUGUGCCCCUAUUCAGCACUGUUCGCCAGGGCCACUGGCAGAUUGUUGAUCUCUUACUCACCCAUGGCGCCGAUGUCAACAUGGCGGACAAGCAGGGCCGCACCCCCCUGAUGAUGGCUGCCUCCGAAGGCCAUCUGGGCACUGUGGACUUCCUGCUUGCACAAGGUGCCUCCAUAGCUCUGAUGGACAAAGAAGGCUUGACAGCCCUCAGCUGGGCUUGUCUGAAGGGCCAUCUCUCAGUGGUUCGUUCUCUGGUGGACAAUGGAGCAGCCACGGACCACGCAGACAAGAAUGGCCGCACCCCGCUGGACCUGGCCGCUUUCUAUGGUGAUGCAGAGGUGGUCCAGUUCCUGGUGGAUCAUGGGGCCAUGAUCGAGCAUGUGGACUACAGCGGAAUGCGCCCUUUGGAUAGAGCAGUGGGGUGCCGGAACACUUCUGUCGUCGUCACUCUCCUGAAGAAAGGAGCCAAGAUAGGUCCAGCCACGUGGGCGAUGGCCACCUCCAAACCAGACAUCAUGAUCAUCCUGUUGAGCAAGCUGAUGGAAGAGGGGGACAUGUUUUAUAAGAAAGGCAAAGUCAAGGAGGCUGCCCAGCGCUACCAGUACGCACUGAAGAAAUUCCCUAGAGAAGGGUUUGGUGAGGACUUGAAAACCUUCCGGGAGCUAAAGGUGUCUCUCCUCCUCAACCUCUCUCGAUGUCGCAGGAAAAUGAACGAUUUUGGAAUGGCGGAGGAAUUUGCUACUAAGGCCCUGGAGCUGAAACCGAAAUCUUAUGAAGCUUACUAUGCAAGAGCAAGGGCCAAACGCAGCAGCAGCAGACAGUUUGCAGCAGCCUUAGAGGACCUGAAUGAGGCCAUCAAGCUGUGUCCAAACAACCGUGAGAUCCAGAGGCUGCUGCUCAGAGUGGAGGAGGAGUGUAGACAGAUGCAGCAGCCCCCGCCGCCGCCCCCGCCGCCGCAGCAGCCCCCACAGCAGCUGCCAGAAGAACCGGAAGCUGAACCACCGCAUGAGGAUGUUUACUCUGUACAAGACAUCCUGGAGGAGGAGUACCUGGAGCAGGACGUGGAAAAUGUCUCCAUCGGCCUCCAGACAGAGGCUCGGCCCAGCCAGGGGCUCCCAGUCAUCCAGAGCCCGCCCUCCUCCCCAGCCCACCGAGACGCCGCUUACAUCUCUGGCUCACCCCUCGGCUCUCAUCAGGUUUUUGACUUCCGGUCCAAUAGUUCUGUAGGCUCUCCGACUAGACAAGGCUAUCAGCCCACCUCACCUGCUCUUUCUCCAACUCACCAGAACUCUCACUACAGGCCUAGUCCACCACAUACUUCCCCGGCUCAUCAGGCAGGAUCUUACCGAUUUAGCCCUCCUCCGGUGGGGGGACAGGGCAAAGAAUACCCAAGUCCUCCCCCUUCCCCACUUCGGAGAGGCCCUCAGUAUCGGGCCAGCCCCCCAGCUGAAAGUAUGAGUGUCUACAGAUCCCAGUCUGGUUCGCCUGUGCGCUAUCAGCAAGAAACGAACGUCACUCAGCUUCCUGGCAGACCAAAGUCUCCAUUAUCCAAAAUGGCCCAGCGACCCUACCAGAUGCCUCAGCUUCCCGCGGCAGUUCCCCAGCAAGGGCUCAGGCUCCAGCCUGCCAAGGCCCAGAUUGUGAGAAGCAACCAGCCCAGCUCAGCGGUUCACUCAAGCACUGUCAUCCCAACGGCUGCCUAUGGGCAAGUAGCCCACUCCAUGGCUAGUAAGUACCAGUCUUCACAAGGAGACAUAGGAGUGAGUCAGAGCCGGCUGGUUUAUCAAGGGUCAAUCGGAGGAAUUGUGGGGGACGGGAGACCAGUGCAGCAUGUCCAGGCCAGCCUGAGCGCAGGCGCCAUCUGUCAGCAUGGGGGGUUGACCAAAGAAGAUCUUCCACAGCGACCUUCCUCCGCAUAUCGAGGUGGCAUGCGAUACAGCCAGACACCACAGAUCGGGCGUAGCCAGUCAGCGUCCUAUUAUCCAGUCUGUCACUCAAAACUAGAUCUGGAGCGUUCCUCCAGCCAGCUAGGUUCCCCUGAUGUGUCGCAUUUAAUAAGAAGACCUAUUAGUGUCAACCCCAGUGAAAUCAAACCCCACCCACCGACUCCCAGGCCACUGCUGCACUCCCAAAGUGUAGGCCUCCGCUUCUCUCCUUCCAGCAAUAGCAUCUCAUCCACCUCCAACCUGACUCCUACCUUCCGACCAUCUUCCUCGAUUCAGCAAAUGGAGAUCCCACUGAAACCGGCAUACGAUAGGUCAUGUGAUGAGCUGUCACCAGUGUCUCCCACUCAGGGAGGCUACCCCAGUGAGCCCACCCGAUCCAGGACCACACCAUUCAUGGGGAUCAUAGAUAAAACAGCCCGGACUCAACAGUACCCCCACCUUCACCAGCAGAAUCGGACCUGGGCAGUGUCAUCUGUAGACACCGUACUCAGCCCCACGUCUCCAGGCAACCUGCCUCAGCCUGAGUCCUUCAGCCCCCCAUCAUCCAUCAGCAACAUUGCCUUUUAUAACAAAACCAACAAUGCACAGAAUGGCCAUUUGCUGGAGGACGACUAUUACAACCCCCAUGGGAUGCUGGCUAACGGGUCCCGUGGAGACCUCUUGGAGAGAGUCAGCCAGGCCGCCUCCUAUCCCGACGUGAAGGUGGCUCGGACCCUACCUGUGGCUCAGGCAUACCAGGACAACCUGUACAGGCAGUUGUCCCGGGACCCUCGGCAAGGGCAGACGUCCCCUCUCAAACCAAAGAGACCAUUUGUGGAGUCUAAUGUUUAAAAGACGUUGGUUGGAGUGAGACCCGUAUGUGUUCACUGCACAUUUUCAGGCUUGGUUUCCACAUUUACAGUAGUUCUCUGGCUUAAUUUCUCAUGGAGUUCCUGUGUGGUGUUCAGAGGUGGCAGCCCACGUGCGGAAAUCCUUUGCAUGCAGCCGACCGGGAAGCUGGCCUCAGUGAGCCAGGACUUUGGUUUUUCUUGUCUGUGCCCCAGCCACAUGCUCUCUCCCUCUCUUCAGAUGCCGACGAGGAGAUUUCUGUGCUGUGUGCUUUAACCCAGGGAGAUCAGACACACUGGUCAGCUUUCUCCAGGAGACAAUCGCUUCCACUGAUGUUCUUGUUGUGUAAAUGUCUUUUUCCUUUUUUUUUUUUUUUCCCAGUAAGAUGUCCUUGUUUGUUUUCUUCUAGGAACCUAAGUAAGAGUGUGAUGCCCCCUGCCUUUGCAUUCCUGUCCAGUGUUACCCAGAUAGCCAGCCCCGUGCACCCUUCUGCCACGGUUCCUUCCCCAGACUGCCAGCUCCUGCAGUCCCCAGGGCUAGAACAUCCAUUUGAAUUAUUACUGGUCUCCUUAUGGGAGUAAAAAGAAUCAAGUGGAGGGAAAGAAAGAAGAAAUAUGUCUGUUAAUUUGGAAGAAAAACCCAAUGCAAUUACUAGGAAUAUCACUACAUUGAUUUUUCCAAGAAGCAUUUUAGGAACACUUAGAAACAAUCAGCCCUUUAAAAGUUUCAGUGAGCCAAGGAAACUAGAUGAGAAUUGUGGAUAUUUCUUGAAAAUUCACUCAGACAUAUUCCUUAGAAAUUUAGCCAACAGUCAUCCACUAAAAGCUACUGAUUAUCCAGGAAUAGUAAAGGGAAUAAAUAGAUAAAUAGAAAUUACCAAAAAGAUUAUUCCAGACUCUAAAUGAAAGGCUGUAGAAACUCUGUCUUGGAGAAACCAACUUUUUAGAUCCGGAUCCAUCACAGAGCGCCCUAGUCCAUAAAGCGCAAACUCCCCAAAGGUUGGCUGGUGUAACAGUGUUCUUAGUGGGUCUUCGCCUGGAGCUGAGUCUUCUCCUGGCCCUUUUCUUAAACCGACAUGGAGUAGUGAAGAACAGAAGCCAAGUCGGCUUCUCUGGGGACUGUUCAAUUCUCAGGGCCUCCACCAAGGCCCUUGCACUCCCUGCCAGUUGUUGUCUUUUCCAUUUCAAGAUCUAUGACUUCUAGAAGUGUCCCAGGGGGAGUGCGGUUUGAAUAUAAAACAUUGCACAAAGUGUUUCUGCGUGAACAAAGACCUGUUUCAGUUUGCUUUCCAGCCCUGGGAGGGAGCCAGCACUUCUGAGCACCUUGUAGAUCCUGUGGUCCCUUACUAAGCUGACCUUUGAGGACUGAGGCACUGUGAAGCAGGUGGCGAGAACACUGAACCAAAGCCUUAGCACAGCCUGGCGCUGGCUGCACGUCCGACAGCUCAACCCAGCAAACUAAACGGAAGAGCAUUAGUUGUCUGUUCUAGGAAUCAUUCUGCUCCCGUGAGUACAGGGCUCCAAGGGAGGGCGGUUUCCUGAUAACCCAGCUGUGACCACACCCACAGUGUGCAGGGAGCUCUUUACUAAUUUAGAUUCCGCCCAGCAGGUGGGCGUGUCCACUCCCAGGCCUCCCCCAGGCCCAGACUCAGCUGUGCUGAAUGCAAACAGCUGGGCCCGCCAGCACCCAGGCUCUUUUCCUCUAUCACUGAUGCUUAGGGACUGCGUGCUACUCGCCAGAGAGGCAGGCGUCCGUUCUCUCUCCCCUCCUUCUGUCCCUUAGCUCUCUGCCCCCCCCCCCCCGAAGAUGAACUGCUCACUGUAGCCUCCGCCUAGAGCUGGAGUUCAGCAGCCUUGGCCUCCUUCUCCGGCCAAGUUUCAGCUCUCUUAGUGUCUUUGCAUCUUCCCCAUCUGUAGCCUCUGCUCACUGAGGAGCUGCUACAUUUUGAAGAAUUUUCUCUGUGUCUGUUAGAAAAGGGCCCCUUCUUCUUUGGAAGGCCACAUACACCAUCUGCACUCACCUGUUCAGGUGGGCGCACAGGUCCUGUGGUUUCGCAAACGGACCCCUGAUCCCACUUCUCCCAGGGUCUUUCCAUUUUCCUGGACCAGAGACGCAGGGGCUCCACCCUAUUGGACAAAAUGCCUAAACCAUCAACAGUCAGGAUCAGUUCUUCUGUGGCCAUUGUAAGAGGGAAGUACUAACCUGGGCGCCCAUGGUGGUGACUGGAAGAAUGCCGUGCGGGGCUUGCUGGGGCAGGAGAUGGGCCCUGUAAGCAGAUGCCUGUGCCCUGUCUUGCUACUUCACUGCCAUGGAAUGAUCUUAGUACUGUAUCUUCGCGUGCCCCUUGCCCAGCAACAAGCGCCUGCAGAGUCACUGUCUGGCUUCAGCUAGGGGGGAAUUUUCGAAUGAAACUGGCAAGUCUGACUUAACCCAAUUUGCAUCACCCUGAAACAGAGACAAAGGUGACAGCCUGUCAGCCGGCAGGUUUGUCCCCACCCUGUAUGUCCCCUUUGCCCGGAAUUCCUCCAGUGCUGGGUCUGCAUCACAUCAUGUCUAUAAAUGGGUGCACUUUACUGUUUGAGUUUGUAACUCUGAUAAAUACUGGAUAUUUAAGUGUGAGUAGUGUCUUCAUUAGAAAAUAGCAGAAUCGCUCUUGUCUUUUAGUGUAUUUUUCAAGAAAAAAAAACACAAGGAAAAGGAAGAAAUCAAGCAGUGGAUCACAACAUUUAUAGCACAAGAAAUAACUGUUGUAUAUAAGCAUCAAAAAGAUUAAGAAUUUUUAAAUACAAAAAAUAUUUGCAGUGAUUUUAAAGUGCUUUUCCAGCAAUUUUCUUAGGGACUCCUGAGACAUGGUCACUUUAUUUACUGGAUCAGUAAGGCACACAACUAACAAUUAAAAGGUAAUGUUUAUUUACAAAGUAAAGGGGAAAUCUUGUCACAUGAGAAUUCGGCAUGGACAGACGGAGACCAUUUUGUGUCUGCUGUUGUGCCGGGUGGCAGGCGUGCACUAUUAAGGUCCCGAGUUAAUAGAGCACAAGCCCUUCUCGUCUCUGUCCAACAUGACCCUUUGUAGAUGUGUUUAACGUAAAUGCGAUGGCUCAGGAAAAUUCCAUGAGUUAGAAUCUUGUACAGUAUCCCAGGUCGUUGUCCAGAUGUACAAGUUUGCCAAUUUAGUUAAACCCGGAUUAUUCAGCAGUUUUCCUAAAUUAUUGUAAACAGAACAGCUUAAAGUAUUCUCAAUCCUUAUAUUGUAUAGUAGUUUGUGAACCCCCCUCUAAAUAUUGGUAUUUUUAUAUUCCAGAGAUGUACCCAAUAGAGAAAUUAAAAGUUAAUCAGUAUCUACUUUAAUAUCCAUAAGUAUUUUUCCUUAGAUUUUAGUUAUAUGCAGUGGGGUAUGUGGACGUCACUUGUGCUUCACCGUACUUUACCACUAGGUGUCACUGUGGCUGUGCACCACCCUUGUCUGGGAGCAAGGAUGGCAGCAUCUCCCUGGUGGAGCUGCUCGCAGAGCAGCCGGCAGGCCCAUAGGCUUAGCGGUUCAGGAACAAAGGCCUGGAAGGGGUCUUGGUGCACCGGUGCCAGCUGGGGCAGGCGAGCCCUUUAAACGCUCCUUAGAGGCUGGGAGAAGGCUGACUACAGAGCCCUCCCCGCACACCCUUGCUCUGGUGGCUGGAUGGGUACGUAGAGGACCCUGACUUCCCCGGGAGCGCCUCUCUUCUCAGUUCCUCUCCACCUCAGACUCACAACUCUACAGGUGUCACAGUCGGGUAUCUGAUUCAAAAAUAGUUAUUUUUCUACUGCAGAAAUGCCUUGGACAGAACCAGAUCACUGAAGCUGCUGCAGAAUGGGGCAGGCUCCCCCCGGGGGUGGGACGCACCCACCCCCGUGCCCAGGCUCCUGUCGAGGCUUCCAGAGCUCAGCAGGGCCGCCCACCCUGCCCCCUGCUUCUCAAGAAGUCGACCUGCAGGGGUGGCAGCUGCUGCCAGCGCGCCCAGGGCUGAGCUGCCCUGCUGGUGCUCAGUGGGAGACGUGGCUUUUUCUCCUUUUCCUCUAGGAAUUCCAGACCCACCAUCUACCAUGACUAACAACAGUGAACAAAGGGCUUAGGGGUAAGCGCUACCUACAAAGACGUGUCAUGGAAACCUUCACCAUGCAAUGCCUUGAACUCAGCUCUGGCUGCUCCCAAGAAAAGGUGGCUGGCUGGGGGCCUGGACACAAGCACAAGGGGGCUGUGGAGCCACUGUGCAGAGCUACUUGAAUCAUCACUGCUUUCACAACACAGACCACUCAAGGGCUGACGUGUCGCUGACCUUCCUCCCGGUGUCCGAUGCCUUGCGGCCACGUAAUGGCCACAGUCAGAGCUCUGAAAGUCAGUACCAAAUGAAUGCGUAAUUGGACACCAAAAACCAAGUGUUACUUCCAUGUCUCCUCACCCCAUCAUCUUAAUUCUUCCUGCUGACUCUGUGAGUCUGGCACUAGGCUGAGCUGCCAGACCAUAGCUGGGUGCAGGCUGGCAGCGCUGUCCUGUUCUCCCCCCACCCCCAGUAGACCUACUCUGUGGAAAGGAAGUGGCCUAGCUGCUUUGUUUUUAUAGCACUUGCUGGCUGGAUUUUUCUUUUGCUAAUCACUAACCAGAAAAUCUGGCUUGGGAGACUCAUCCCUUUGGUCCCCAGGACCAGAGUUAAUUCUGGAAAAUUCAGUACUUGAAUGUACCUGCCUUACUGUGUAUCAAUUUAUGGGAGAAAAAUAGACGAGAAAGAUGCUGGCUCCAGAUCUCCACUUCACUCAAGGUCAUUUUGGAAAUCCUGCAAGUUAAACUUCCCGUUGCGUUCCUCCACAGCCCCCAUCUCCACCCCGCCCUUGGCUGACGCCUGCUGAGUGGGACCAGUUCCUUGCCAGUCUCAGGGCAGGUCCACAUGCAGGCACAGCCGCCGCCCCCCCCCCCCCCCAUCUAGCACAGCGUCUUUGUCUCUGUUGUCUCCUCCAAAUCCAAGCUGAUUUUAAUUAGUACAGAUGUGUACAGCCUACAAUUAAAGAGUGAUUUGUACUAAUAGGAUUUUGAUUCUUCCUCUUUGCUGUCCUUUCAAGACACUUGCUGGAAAAAGCUUUAAUGCACUUCGUUUUCCUUUAGGUUUUCUAUAACUCGGAUGGAAAGGACUUCCUCUGUACAGUAUAUUAUCCAAUGCAUGUUUGUUCUCUCUCCUGAUAUAUCGACCGCCACACAGUUGUGAACUCGUGCAGUGGGGACGCCCCCAGCAGAGGCGCCUGGGCCCCUGCCUGCCAGGAAAGACCCUUUCCUUUGCUGUACUUGCUUGAGCAGUUUUAUUGUCUGUACAUGUGAGCUGUGUGAGAUAGAUGUGAAAAGUUCCAAUGAAUGCAUUUCCCUGCCAUGUAUGCAGGCCGUCACCUGUACAGUGACCUGUAUGUAUGAAAGCAAAUGUACUUAUUUAUAAAGGGUUACCA